ACUUCUUCAUGCAUAUUCUUUCAAUUCAACAAUCAAUACUCAUUUCAUCAUCCAAAAGUUCUCUUCUUGUAGCUUGCUUACACAAAUAGAUUCAAGUGCUCGUUAAAGGGUAUAUAUUGUUUGUUACAUUAAUUUGUGUUAACACAAAAUUUGAUCAAAAGAUGGAUAGUAGCUUAGGUGACAUGUUGGUGAAGGUUGCUAUGUUCUUCCUUGUCCAAGCUUUGGUAUACCUUAUCCUUUCCAAUUCAUCAAACAUAUUUUCCAAGGACAUCAAGAGAUCAAACAGCUUCAAACCAGCGCGAUCCGUAAGUAUUCGCCGGAUGCUAGCAUAUCUCUCUGAUUUUCCUCCUGAAGGUGAACCUUCUCCUUCUACAAUGAGUCCUCAAUCAUAAACUACUCAAAGUUAGAAUCAAGUUUGUAUCAAGACAAAUUUGUAAAUUAUUUAUCUUAUUGUGAGUGUAGAGAGGCUAAUAUUGCAAAAUUAGGAAACAAUUCUAAGUAAAUUAUUGGUUUGGGGGUAUUCAAUUCUU